GCGCGGACCUCUGAGAACCUGGCCGCCAACCUGCGAGCCAGUCUUGGUCCCAGAGGCCGGCUGAGGCUCGGAGCCAUCCAGCGACCUGCUGAGCCGCCUCAGGCCCCGCCAUGGGGAAGACCAACAGCAAGCUGGCCCCAGAGGUGCUGGAGGACCUGGUUCAGAACACCGAGUUCAGCGAGCAGGAGCUGAAGCAGUGGUACAAGGGCUUCCUGAAGGACUGCCCCAGCGGCAUCCUCAACCUGGAGGAGUUCCAGCAGCUCUACAUCAAGUUCUUCCCCUAUGGUGACGCCUCCAAGUUUGCCCAGCACGCCUUCCGCACCUUCGACAAGAACGGCGACGGCACUAUCGACUUCCGGGAGUUCAUCUGCGCCCUUUCGGUCACUUCCCGGGGCAGCUUCGAGCAGAAACUCAACUGGGCCUUUGAGAUGUACGACCUGGACGGCGACGGGCGCAUCACGCGCCUGGAGAUGCUGGAGAUCAUCGAGGCUAUCUACAAGAUGGUGGGCACCGUGAUCAUGAUGCGCAUGAACCAGGAUGGGCUCACGCCCCAGCAGCGUGUGGACAAGAUCUUCAAGAAGAUGGACCAGGAUAAGGAUGACCAGAUUACUCUGGAGGAGUUCAAGGAGGCGGCCAAGAGCGACCCAUCCAUUGUGUUGCUGCUGCAGUGCGACAUGCAGAAAUAGAGAAUGGAGGCUGGUGAGGGGCAGGGCCCCUGGCCAGGAGGAACGUGGCCACCUCCCAACCCCGUGACCUCUCUGGCUGGCCCUUCCCCUGGGGGACAGUUACUCCAGUUUCACCCUCUGGCCCACCCACCCCUCUGUCCAAGCCUUUGCUCCCUCAGUCAAGAUCUUUGAGGGACCACCUCACCCUGGAAAAGAGACAGAUCUGCAGGUAUCCCGUGGUCUAGCACCACCCCAGUCUUGGCCCAGAACUGACACCCACUGGUCAUAGGGCAAGUUGGCUUUUGCCCCUACCUACCAGUAGGGUUAAGGAGGGAGGAUGGUGUUCUGCUUUGAAAGUCUGUUCUUCCUGGGAUUAUGCUUUGUAGAAUGUGUUCCCACACACCCCAGUUAAAGGGCCAAAUUGGCUCUGUCCUGUGCUGAAGACCUAGAUCCCUUAAAGGUGGUCUCUGCCCUGCUCCCUGGACUCUACCCUUCUGGCCCCCAUCUUCGGAGCAUUCAUUCAGUUCUUUCUUCAGCUAACACUUAACUGAGCACCUGUUCGAUGCCAGACACCUGCAGGUGCUAAGGAUAUGGUGGCCUACAAGACACAUUUUGUGUCAUCUGGAAGCUCCUAGAGCAGUAAGGCGGGCUUCCAGUGGUCAGAGUCACAGAUGGGGAUGUCCAACACAGCCGGUAAAGCCGGUUAACUUGAGAGGAACUAUUGAAUCUUUCCACUCAGUCCUACACAGAGCGGCAGAGGAUGAAAUGAAAAGUGUUUGGAAGUUUAGGAGCCAUAUGAGUGGAAGUUUUAAGAAAAAUUUAUGUAAUACUUAUUUUUUCAGUACCCUUAAAAGGAGCUGAAGUCAUUUUAUUAGUUUAGGGUAUUAAAACAUACUUUAUAUUACUCAAUUUCUUAUAAAAUGAUCAAAUGAAUGUAGAAAUGCCACUUUUCAUGGGGGAAAAAGAGCUGAGAAAAAAGGAGGGAAAAUACCACUAAACUCACCAGAAAACACCUUUUCUUAUCAGGCUACAUCCUCAGCUGCACCAUCAGCAGCUUCCUUUCUGAUGAUCUCUUUCAGUGCAGUGAACAACGCUGUUGCACACUCUCCCUGGUCGGGUGCUGUCUGCAGAAACACACACACACACACACACACACACACACACACACACACACACACAAGAUUUGCCCAGAGUGAGGCUGUGCAUUUCCCACAUCUUGGUAGUUCCUUGGUAGAUUUGGUCUACUUUCAAGGAUGGGCUUGUUCUUUCACUGCUACCGGAGCAGAAGGAGCUAGAAGAAGAGGACCACCUGGCCACUCUCUAGGCUGCCAGGCUGCGUUGAUGGACCAAAUGCUUGAAAAUGUACUGGGCAUGCUAUGUGUGAAAAGCCUCCUCAAACCCCACAUCCUGAAUUUGCCAGGUAAUUCGUUGUCUUCUCGGUGCACUGGCUUCACUUUCCAACGUCUGCUUUCUGAUUCUGGGUCCAUGAGCUAUACAGCUGCAUGCUUUGCUAGAAAACUCA